ACUGUUGAUGUUGAUUGGUUUUGACUGAUUGUUGUUGGACGUCUGUUAUUUUUUGUGAAAUUAUUAGUGUUUCACUUCAUAUAACACGUUAAAAUGACUGUAAACAAUACUAUAGCACAUCAGCGAUUGGUUUUAACCGGAGACAGGGAAAGAUUCAAAGAGCUUCUAAGAAGAAGAUUGAUUGAAUGCGGCUGGAGAGACCAAGUUAGAAUGCUCUGCCGAGAUGUAGUCAAAGAAAAUGAAAGUAAUAACAUCACAUUUGACAUGCUAGCAGCCAGGGUUACUCCUCGUGCACGAGCAUUAGUUCCUGACACUGUGAAAAAAGAACUCCUUCAGAAAAUUAAAACUCAUCUACUCACGCAAAAAGACCAAUAGGAAACUCUCCUUAGGUUUCAUAUUAUUUUAAGUAGUUCUUCUCAUUUUAUCAAUUCCUUAAAUAAUAAGAUCAUAUUUUUAUUUGCUUAGUUUAUCGUAAGGUUUAUAUUUAAUUUGAUCAAGUUUGGUUAAGUCAUUAUAUUUUUGAAUGAUCAUUUGAAUAUUCACAAUGUUGCUACUUGGAACACUCCUGUGACAUUUUGUUGAAUGCAAAAAUAAAAACUUCGAUUUACAACCAACAGUAUAUUUUAUUUUAUAAACAUUU